AAAGUGGAAGUGCUUGUUGCGUACUACGCACAGGAAAAUUUCCACCAACAUCGUACGCCUCGGAACCGUUGGAGCAAUCUGGAAAAAAGUGAGGCCAGUCUGGACCAGUGUGUGGUUUAAACCUACUAACAACGCAGGAGGUCACUAGGAAUCUUUGUGCUUGGUUCAAUCGACUGCACAGUGUUGCUCUGUUGACGUCGAAGGCAGAGAGUGCUGCUGAACCAAGAAGAAGUAGUGAAGAAUCUGCUUGUUGUUAGCAGUGCAAAACAAAGAACGCAUUGGCACGCCACAGUUGUGAUAGCUUUACGCUGUUCCGAGGCAAAGAACUGUAUCGAUUUAUUGGGUUUCGUUCUACGGAGCAUUGCUCGUAUCGUCGCACAUCCAGUGAAAACUAGAUAAGGUGGUGGAAAACGGGAAACAGCAGCACUGCCCGUGGGCAGUUUCUUUCGUAGUUGUCGAUCGUGUUCGGUGCGCGCGCGAGUUCACCGUAAGGGAGAAGGGCAACUUUCAACCCAGGGUCGUGGGCCGUGUAUUACGUAUUAUUGCAGUCGGGCCAAAUCGAAGAGAGAAACCUCACCGUCCGUUCGAAAGGGCUGCCCACAAAAGUGCAUAGUCUGCGGAAAAUAUGCAUUCGGUGAGCAGUGGUGUGCGUGCGCCUGUACGUUAAUCGUAUGCAAAACCAAUCUGCAUUCUGUGUGCACAUUCGCUUCAGUAAAAGUGCAGGCAAACUGGUGCCAAGAUGUGCAUUAUUCGUAGGCGAAGCAAAAUACAAGCCGAAGCGUAGCGCCUUUGGUCAGCGCUGGCGUGCUAUGAGGAGUAGAGGAGCAGUCGUCGAUUUGCUGUUGUUUGAAUGAGUACGAAAGGCAGACAAACAUCGCCCAGACAGCGAGUGCGAGCUAAAUGCGAAUGUCUGUAAUCGUUUGACACAGAAUGGAUUACUGCAGGUGCUGCAUUUCUUUGUUUGCGUACUCUGUUUUUGUUUACACUGCAAAGAGUUGAAACAAACCACACCAGAGUGCCUCGCCGAUACACAUUCUGGUCAAGAACGAUCGACGCCCCCGAACUGCAGGGGAGGAAGAAGCUGAACAUAAUCCCAGCCAAAGGGGGGCGACAAAAGGCCUCCCGAUAGAAGAGGGGUCGUCUACUUUAAAUAGCGUCGUCUAAGAGCAUCGUCAAGGACAUCCUUUGGGUUCCGCGGCAACACGAUGGCUGAUUUCGACGCAAUCUACGAGGAGCAGGAGCUUUCGGAGGAAAACUUGGAGGAAGCACACGUGCAGAUGGUUCCGGAUCCGAUUGUGAUUCGUGGCGCAGGCAAUAUGACAGUCUUCGGUUUGAGCAAUCGUUUCAACGUGCAAUUCCCAGCCGGUCUGGUGUCGCGCGUUGCACCGGAAGAAUUCAAAGCCACCGUCAUGCGAAUCAAUACGGUGCUGAAGAAAACGCUACCGGUGAACGUGAAGUGGUUGUUCUGCGGAUGCGUAUGCUGCUGCUGUACGUUAGGAUGUUCUCUAUGGCCUGUGAUAUGUUUAAGUAAGAGGACGCAGCACACGCUGAACAAACUGCUCGAGUGGGAAAAUAGUCAUCUCUACCACAAGCUCGGAUUGCACUGGCGCCUCAGCAAGCAGCAGUGUGAUUCCAACUCGAUGAUGGAAUAUGUGUUGUUAAUAGAAUUCAUACCGAAAACGCCAAUCUACCGACCCGACUAGAACCCAUCUACCAUCCUUUGGCACAGUAGUGGAACGCGGGCAACCCAGAACAUGGGGCGUAGCGUGGACAACUAAGAAACGGGAGUAAAAGGAAAAUCUACUUCCAUCUGCGGUGCCUCGAUGUUGUUAGAGUUUGCCAGAAGCAAUCGGGGGGUUGGGUGAACGAGAGGUGAUAAAAUCGGGCUCACAAAUGUGGUUCCGCAAAGCAUUGAUCUUAUUUUCAAUAACCGAUGAUUUGCGUUAAACAGCUUAGCAUAAGUGAAUUAGCAACAAACUAUUAGCAAAUGUGCGUAUGUCUUAUCCGUCUUAUAAUCCAUCUCAAUCAUCCCACACACACCCAUAGGAGAAGCUGAUACCUUAUUCUGUAGAUUUCGCGUAACCUUUGAUAGUCAAACAUGAUUCGAUUAAUCGGUAUUUUAUUUUAGACAUACUACCAUUUCCUACGAUUUAUACGAUUAGUCUAUCUUUUUUUUAAUUUGUGAAAUCGAUGCUAGGAUAACAAUGCAACUGUGCAAUCGGCGUGGAUAUAGCAUAACGCAACCAUGCUAGAAAAUGAUUACGAAUUGCAGAUUGUUGCAGUACCGAUACAAAAUUUUACACCGAAUGUAGGCACGAGAAAAAAGAAACAAAAAAAAAGUUAAGUGUUUGUAUAGUGUAUAGAAUUUUAUAGCGAGAAUGGUAUCGGUACGUACCGGAUUGGAUGGAGGAAAGGACUAGUACAGGAAAUUUGCCGGGGAAAGAUCCGGUGGCCAUUACCUUGAAGAAUUGUGGAUACGUUAUCGAUAAUAAAAAUUAAUGAAUUAAGAAAAUUAACUGAAACAAGGGUAUUUGAAAGCUGUUUCUGGAAAGCUGGCUUUGUUAAAUCGUAAACAUUGUUAGAAUUGGUGAGCUUUCCCUUUUCCUUUGUCGAAAAAUCAAUAAAAAGAAAGUGUACAUCGGAGACUUAGGGAUAUUAGAUUGUAGACCGUAGAAAACAUUAAAAGCAAACGGCAGUGUUUUUUUUGGCCCGAACUCAAUUCGGUUCUGAAAUGUAUGCUCCUCGAACUGCUAGUGAUGGUGAGGCGUUUGUGCAAAUUCAUUGUUGUGUUUUAUAUGUUUCAUUUGGUAGUAACGAUCACAAAUGUUUGUUUAAAUCAACUUGCGCGUACGGGUUCAUUUACAAAAUUGUGUAGUUCUUUCCAACGAAAAGGGAUUCUUAUUUCAUUUCUUGCUCUAGCGUCCGCUGGAGCACCGCUAGGAAAUGAUUUGCUCAAAAUGCACAAUAUCAAACGCUAAAGUAAGGAAAAAGGUUAUGUCCUUUGUUUUCUGUUUAGAGUUCCGGACGCUUAGCUAGUACAAGGUGCGCAAGGGUUGCGAAUAUCACCCGACGAUUGGUUCCCAGAGGAAAAGUAGUGUUAGCAUUUUUAUACGACAUAGAAAAACACUCAUCAGGAAACGCAAAGAAACAAUAUAUCCAGUCCUUGCCGAUACUGUACUGUUAUUUGGCCUGGAAGGAGUAAAAAAAGGAGCAAAAGAAAGGCUACGGAAAUAAACGUGCAGAGUAGCAGUGGAAAAUAAAAUGGUUCAA